CUUUAUUUUGCGAAGUUCCAUGGCUGCUCCGCUCCUUCUUGGACGAACUGUCACAGCCUCGACCCACAGUGUAAAUUACGGUAACUUUGUAACGAGGUAACUCCUAAAUCAUGCAGUGCUUUCCAUGCGAGCCCGCGAGCGGCGACGCGUCGGAGUGCCAAGAACGCGAGAGACACGAAACAAUCUACAAAUGUACCAACCACGAAAGAGAUGAAUAUCGGUGAUGUCGAUUUCUCUCCGAAAUGGCAAGGCACGGCAACAUUACUAGCUUUUUUAAGCCAGUCUCGAAAUCGCCGCAGAGCUCACCACCUAAAGCGGAGCCGAGAACGGAAGCAUCACCAACCCCUCCCCCGCCAUCGCCUUCACCAUCACCCGCUCACUUUCCUUCCUCCCCACCAAUCCCUGCGUCAACGCUCCGGGACCGCGACGCGAUAAUCCGGGGUUCAGACGAUGAGGAUGACGAUGACUUCGGCUCCGAUGAUGACUUUCCCGAGCUGUUCUCGAAUCUUCCACGCAACCCCCUCCCCGUAGCAUCGGACAGUGGCCCCAAUGUCUACGCAACGCCCAAGGCAAAACGGAGGGUGCUGGAUUUCCACUCCUCACCCUUGACCAUCAAUACCAAACACCACAAGUUUGAUAUAAGGGCGCUACUUCAGCAUGCCGAGGCGGACGACGCUGUCGAGGAGGGUGAGCACCGCACCGCGGCCCUCAUAGCCCAGGGAUCCCCAAGAGCACGCGACCGUGCGAUGUCGAACGAGGAGCCUGUUGGCCUUCGCGACACAAUGUUGGAUGUGUUAUCCGAUCCCGAGGAUAGCCAGGACGAGGGGAAUCGUGGGAGACUGAUGCAGGCGGUAAAACGGACCGAGGCAACGGUCGGCCGGAAGGAGUGGUAUUUUUUCGAUCGCCAGAAUCAACCUAACAGCACGGCGAUCCAAGUACGGCGCCCCUUCCCCAAGGCCGAAGCCACUGGUGUUUGGGCCUUCCUUGGCCAAGAGAAGCAUAGGUCCGAGAUCUUUGAAGACGGGCUGCCCUACAAUGUCCAAUGUCGGAUGCAGAAUUUGCCGGACGGAAUCUUCCUGUGGGUGCUGGAUGAGGCACCAUAUGCGAAGUCCAGGAAGCUGCAAGGCGAAUAUAUGCGGCUCCUUGGCGUCUGCUCAGACCAGAUCAGGCGACUUCUGCUGGACGAUAAGGUCGUCGGGCUAUUUCAAGACCUUGGAGCUUCAGAGCGAGCCCUUGCGACGAGAUCUCAACCAAGCGGAAACUCGGAGAACGGCGCCCCUUAUCCAGAAGAUUGCCGAAUCCGCCUCCAGAGCGUGCUUCGCAUUUUGGCAGGGACAGCUCACGCUUUAACGACCCAAGCACUAACACGGACGAUGUCCAUUCUCCUCCGCCUCGGUAUCGACGACCUCGUACGUGAGGAUGAAGCAGUCGCAGCAGAGUACCAAGAUGCGUUGCUACAAGUUGUGUUGGCCGUUCCGUGGAGAAUCUGGAAUAACUUCUGCGGAAGCGUAGGCGACUCGCUCUACUGGCAUACCCAAGAGGCUACCUUCCGUUGGAAUGCGAUCUCUUCCGUCCCACCGCUUCAUACAAAGUUGAUCGAGCUGCGCCGGCGGCUGGCCCUCGUCUUUGUCUUCGAUGACCCUCGCCGAGCCUUCUCUUCGCCAGAAGACACAUUCAGCAUCCGAUCUAUCAUCGAUCGUCUUGAGCAGGCCGACGAGUUCAUCGUAGAUCGCACUAACACCGAUUAUGUUGAGCUCCUAGCACUCUCCGAGAUGCUGAGCGUCGCGGUUGGCGAUGGAUCGCCGCCAGCCGAAAACACCAGCCCGGAGGCGGUGAAACAGUAUAAUACCGAUGUCGACGAGCUGUCACGUAGGAUCAAAUUACUGUGGUCCAACAUCCACGAGCAGGGCGCUGCCUACAUGUCGAGGCUAGAAGUCCGCGUCCAACUAAGAGACUUUGAGCGCAAGCUACAACAUGUCGUCCGGACACGGCCCCGUCCCAAGGAGGACAUCUUUGGGCUCAAUCCAACUGAGGACGAUCUCGAGCGCCCCAAGCAGCAGCAGUUUAUGAAGAGGUUCUUGAAAAAGGGGCCACCCCCCAAGACUCCUUAGAGCAACACUUGAGGAGCAGCAGCAUCGGUGCACGUUAUUCUGAAUUCUCCAUCUCGCUCCAAAUCACUCCCUGUCUCCUAUCAUACAA